UCGCUGCAACUGGUUUGCCGUCAGCUGCGGGGCGCUUUCCUUUUGUGAAGGGGUCAUUCGUGGCAUCCCUUAACAAUGGGAUAAGCCCUUGCCUCAGUGUCAUAUGGCCAUUCCGGUCAGUAUGUGCUGUACGCCCUUUAAACGCACACUUUCUACUACAUGCUACUUCGCUUUCUAACUCCUCCCUCGAUCUUGGAAGUCAGACUUGAAUUCCGAACUUCCUUACUCAUACUGGCUCCGCUAGCGGAGUUCUGAUCAUCCAGGCCAUAUUAGCAUGUAUGCGUCAAAUUCGGCGUCUCAGUGGGGUUCUCCCACUGCCCCCAGGAAAGCUCUGCUCAUUCAUGCGUUGGCUACGGACUCGAGUACAUGGGAGGGCAUCGCUCAGCUAUUAGUAGCAGAAGGAUUCUUUGUCGUGGCUCCGAAUCUCCUUGGGCAUGCAUGGAGACGGGGCACAGACUUCCGCAUGUCCACCCUUGCAGAGGACCUCCGACCAUACUUCAUCAACGACACGUCCUACGACGUGGUUGUAGGUUCUUCUCUUGGAGGCACGGUGGCCCUUUCGCUCUUGCCAUUCUUGCCCAAAACGAAACAAGUCACUGUCAUACUCCUCGAUCCCCCCCUCGAGUGGGAGACGACAGCCGAAAUGGAGAGAAGUCAGGUUCUGGAAACAAUUGCGAAUGUCAAAAACAUGCAGGAGGUGGCUGAUGAGUUUGGUUGGUCACGACGUGACUGCGUGUUAGCCGCACUAAGCGUUUCAAAGUGCGACCGCACCACUAUCGACGGAAUCUUCUCGCAUAACAGGCCGUGGUCUUUCAGUGGGCUGCUCGAAAACAUCCCCCCUCAUGUGAAGGUCACUGUGCUGGCAGGAGAUCCGGAGGCUGGUGCUAUUUGUCUUCCAGAGCACGUCCCUCGUGACAUUGAGAGACUGAAUGUCAGAGUUCUUCCGGGCGUCGGCCACAUCAUUCAAAUGGAGCGUCCAGAUGCUAUCAUGGACGCAAUCCAACUACCGAGAGCGAAGCUUUGAGCCGUGCGAAGGAGAGGCAGCGUUUCAUGGUUUACUUUGUGUCUACGACUUCCUGUUGGAACCUAGUCUCUGUUCGUACAUGGGGUGUCGUAAAGCAUACAG